CCCAUCUCCCAUUCUCUUGAAUAUUUAUUUUCUUAAAUUUAUCCUAAAUAUAUUUAUUAUUAUUAUUAUUAUUAUAAGAGAAAGAGAGAUUUAGGUUUUUGUUUUUGUUUUUUUUUUUAAUGUUGUUUUUGUUGAGAGAAAAAUGGAGGUGGAGAGAAGAAGAGUGAAAAUGGAAGCUGAGAGAAAAGAUCAAGAGAUGAAGAAAAUAGGGAAUUAUCAUAAUAAAGUUGAAAUGGUUUUUAGGGUUUUGGGAUUUGUGUUGAGUUUUGUGGCAGCCAUUGUUGUGGGACUCAACAAACAAACCAAGCUUGUUCCUCUUACUGUCUCCCUCAACCUUCCUCCUUUGGAUUAUACUUUCAUUGCUAAAUGGCAUUACUUGUCUGCUUUUGUGUACCUUUUAGCAACAAAUAUCAUAGCAUGUUCAUAUAGCUUCAUAUCGUUGUUCCUUUUGUUAAAAAACAAGAGCAAGGACAACAUCUUAGGCUUAUUGAUCAUCGUUCUCGACACGGUCAUGGUGGCGCUGCUCUUCUCCAGCAGCGGAGCUGCAGCGGCGGUCGGAGUCAUCGCUUAUCACGGGAACUCACACGUGCAAUGGAACAAAGUGUGCGACAUAUAUGGUAGAUUUUGCAAGCAAGUAGCAGCCUCUACUGUGCUCUCUCUUGCUGGAGCUGUAGUGUUCAUGUUGCUAGUUGUAUUGGCUUCUGUGGGCCUCCAAAAGAGGCCCAAUUAAAUGGGAUGGGCUUUGGGCUUGUUUUUAAGCUUCUUCACAGUGCAUCUAAAUGGGCUUGGGCUCAGUUUCUAAACUUUCUCAGAUCCCAUUUAAAACUAAUUAGGUUAUCAGUUGUGGAAUUGAAAUGUUAUUUGUAACACUUGUAAUAGCUAAAGGAGACUAUUUAUGUAGAAUAUUUUAUUUACCACUUCCUCCUCUCACUCUCGGAAAGUAAAUUAUUUAUCAAUGCCAACAUUGCUCAA